AUGAAGAAAUACUAUCGUGGAUGGACUUCUAGAAUGAGUGAUCCAAACGCCGUUCCAGCUCAGUGCUGGGGUAAGCUUCUUUGUUUGGCACAAUCAUCAAAUAAUGGUGUUCGAAAUGGAGCAAAGCAGCCCAUGUCAAAAGAAGAUCGUAAAUUUGUCGAAAAUGCAAUGGCUGAAGCGGCACGUGCGACAGAUCCAGUCAGGCAUAUGUCAAAAUAUAUUAACAUGUUGAAACUAAUCGAAAAUCCAAGCGAAGAGGAUGCAGAAGAUGUCAGACGAAUCAUUGAUGAAGCAGAAGAUUUACUUUGUGAUAUUGACUUUGCUAGAGAUUUCUGCAAAUUGGGCGGGCUCACUGAAGUGAUUAGGAUUUUGAAGGAGGAUUGUGAAGCUGUACGAACAGAAAUAGCGCGAGUGAUUCCGUUGUUGGCAGAAAACAAUCCGUAUGUUCAAAACCUCAUGUUUGAAAUAGAUUUGUUGCCAUAUUUGCUUGAUGUUCUUGAAGAUGAUAGCGCUUCUGAGGAAUUAGAGAUGAAGGUAUUAAGUGCCUUAUCAUCACUUAUUCGAGGUCAUGAAAAAACCUUCAACCAGUUUUGUGGGCUAAAAGGUCUAGAAAAGAUUGUGAAUGGUUUUUACCGGGCAAUAAAAAAACACGACUUAAAGCUGGCUAACAAGGCAUUAUUGGUCACUACCAGCAUAGCAAGCAGUCUUGGAGAAGAUGUAGUGAAUUCUAAUUUCGUACCUGCCUUGAUUGAUAUGGCUCUGCAGUUAUCGGCUGAUAGUGCUGGUUGCUCGUAUGCUUUCGACUAUCUUUCAAGUUUCUUUGGCGAUUUAGUACCCACUGUUGAUUCCUUGCAGGAUGGUAUUUGCAGUACACAUGCUAAAAACCUAGAUAAAAAAUGGAAAAUACGGUUUUCUGAGUUAGCAGAAAGGCAGUUGGAGCAUGAAAAACAAAAUCUCCAGUCAAGUGGAAUAGAGGUAUUCUUUGGGCUAACAUUAAAUGAAGUGCUUCACUGUAAAUAUCGAAAAUCUCAGAAAGCAGAUUGCUUUGCCAAACGUGAUGGAAUGAUUGCGUAA